AUUAUAUCUACGACUUGGUAAUCACGUCCUCUCUUCAGCCAGCACCUUUUUUCUCCUCGUCGUGUCUGUGUGUGCGUCUUACCUUCUCAGCCUCCGCUCGGCUCAGCCCUUUCCCUUCUUCGCCUCACAUAAUCUUACACCGACACCCGACAGGUAGAUCCUGGAGGCUUGAAUUUCCGCAUUCAUAUUCCGUCGCUCUUUUUGCACGUUGAUCGUUGCAUUUCCUUCUUCACUAUAUAAACUAUCUUCCUCAUUCACUCACUCCAUUAUCAUUCGAUACUCCACUUUUCCCAAGCUUGUCCAUUCCUCUUCUCUCUUUAUCUUACCAACACAUUCGUUGUUCUUCUCUGCUCUAUUUUACUUGUAAUACAUUCACACUCUUAAUCAUGCUUCUCCAAUACCUCCUGCUGGCCUCCACGGCAUCCGCAACCUGCCUUCAUGGACUGACAAAGUUCAAACGCGCGGAAGAAGGCGAAGGCGUCCAAGUUGGCACCUUUGGAUACACUGGAUUAAAAGGACCUUUGAACUGGGCUUCCCUCGCACCAGAGAACCAAGCUUGCAAGACUGGAAAACAGCAAUCGCCUAUCAACAUCGACGACUCAAUAUCCCUCGCAACCGAGGCCCCCGUCCUCGAUAUCCCGGAACAGAAAGUCGAGUUCGAGAACCUCGGCACUACUGUCGAAGUGAUUGUAAAUGGUACGACUAAGUUCGCAGGCCAGGACUUUCGGCUCAAGCAAUUCCAUCUCCAUACACCGUCAGAACAUCGUAUCGGAGAGGAGUAUUUCCCAUUGGAAAUGCAUAUGGUGCAUGAAGGUGUCACCGAUCCAAAUGCCCUUGCCGUCAUCAGCGUUCUCUUCCAACUCUGCACCGGUGCCCCCAGCCCCCUCAUCGCGGGCCUACAACCCCAUCUCUCCGCCAUCGCAACUCCCGGCACCAAGACUGAGAUCGAAUCCCUCGAUUUCGAAGCCCUGAUCGAGCACGUCCAAACCACGCCUCUCUUCCAGUACACCGGAUCCCUGACUACGCCUCCCUGCGAAGAAGGCCUGACUUUCCUUGUCACCAAAGAGCCCUUGAAGGUUGAUGUUGAGACUUUUAAUGCAAUUAAGGGCGUUGUCAAGUUUAACAGCAGGUACACCCAAAAUACGCUAGGUCAAGAGAAUUUGAUUGCUGUUGCGGGUGUGGCCGGCACCGAUCAACAGUUCAAUGCUGAGCAGAAAGAGAGUGCACCGACGUCGACAGUGAAGGUGGAAGAAAGUGGGCCGAUUACUAAGGGCCAUACACUUGUCAUCACUGAGAUCCAGGGUCAGCCGACGAGUCUGUUGGGGGUUGUUGUUAAAAAGAACUAAGUCUGGGGAGUGAAAGGAGACCGAGAUCAACGCGGAGGUUGAUUGAUUGGUUGGUUGUCCGUCUGUUAUAGAAGUUGCCCAUGUGUCAAGAUAUCUGUCCGGUUACAUACUAUGCAGCAGAGCAUAGCAUAGCGAGGUGUAUGGAGCCGUUGUUGGAAAGAAGACAUUGAAUGCAUAACAUAUAUACUGGCAUAAGGCGUUCCUUUAUACAAGGUAAACUUACGUUCAGAUAGCAUAUUUCCCUUUAAUUAUCGUAGGUUUUGCUCAGUAGA